ACGACCAGUCUCGAUUCCGCUUCCUCCCCAUCAUCCCGCCAUCCCGCACAUCCCACACAUCCCACACAUCCACACAUCCGCACUUUCACGUCGCGCUUAGUGCCUGGGUCAUGUAGCACAGUCCAGUGAUGGCAUCAACCCUUCGACGCCGCGUGCUCGGCGCCGAUAAUCCAUCCGAAUCCUCGUCGCAAACUCCCACACCAAGAGACGAAAGUCCGGUGAAGCCGGGCGAUAAGGUCAAAAUCAUCCACCAUGAAGCCCGUCCCAAAACACGCAAGCGGCGGAAUACCUUGAUUUUCUUAUUGGGCAUUUUGUUUGGACUCAUAGCUGCUGGCUUUCUAGCGAAAAACAAUGACCUCCUCGACCUUCCCGAGAUUGGUGAGCUUAGCAUGGAUAGCUUAUUUGAUGUCUUGCCUGCCGGCCUGAUAAGAGACAUGAAGGAUCUUGUAAAAGGUGAACGGGAGUUUGUCGAUAGUUACGAUUCCUUCGCCGUUGGACUAAGAGCUCGAUCUGAGGGCCUGAGUGCCCACCAUCCUGUCAUCAUGGUGCCUGGAGUCAUUUCAACAGGUCUCGAGUCCUGGGGCACAUCUAAUAUCUCCCGUCCAUAUUUUCGAAAGCGGCUCUGGGGUAGCUGGACUAUGAUGAGGGCACUUGUCAUGGAUAAGGAGAUCUGGAAAAAGCACAUCAUGCUAGAUAAAAAGACAGGGCUAGAUCCGCCGGGUGUCAAGUUGAGAGCUGCCCAAGGAUUCGAUGCCACCGACUUCUUUAUCACAGGCUACUGGAUUUGGAGCAAGAUUCUAGAAAACCUUGCGUCCUUAGGAUACGACCCUACCAAUUCGUUCACGGCUGCUUACGAUUGGCGCUUGUCUUACCAAAAUUUGGAGCUUCGGGACCAGUUCUUCACAAGGUUAAAGAGUUAUGUUGAGCUAGCACACGAAUUCUCCGGUCACAAAGUCGUUCUCACAUCACACAGCAUGGGAAGCCAAGUUUUGUUUUAUUUCUUUCAUUGGGUGGCAUCUGCCCAGGGUGGUAAGGGAGGCGACGAUUGGGUCGACCGCCACGUCGAGGCCUGGAUAAACAUCAGCGGAUGUAUGCUAGGCGCUGUCAAGGAUGUGACUGCAAUUCUUUCAGGCGAAAUGCGUGACACAGCUCAACUCAAUGCUUUUGCAGUUUACGGCCUUGAGAAGUUCCUUGCCAAGGAUGAACGAGCUGAGAUUUUUCGAGCUAUGCCGGGUGUUUCGGCCAUGCUACCCCUGGGAGGCGAUGUAGUUUGGGGGAAUUUGACGUGGGCACCAGACGACCUACCAGGACAGAAAAACUCAUUUGGCUCGUUCCUAAAUUUCCGUCGUGGCGAAAACUGGACGACUCCGGAUGAGAAUUUGACGGUCAGUAAUGCUUUGAAAUAUGUUUUGGAUACCACGGACGACUGGUACCGAGACCAGAUCCAAAAGAGCUAUUCUCACGGCAUGGCCAGCACGUCUGCGGAGGUGGAGGCCAAUGAAUUAGACAAUCGCAAAUGGGUCAAUCCGCUAGAGACGAGGCUUCCUUUGGCUCCAAACCUGAAGAUAUACUGUUUUUACGGCGUAGGAAAACCAACGGAGAGGGCGUACUACUAUCGCACUCCUGAAUUUCCGGGGCUUACAAAGCUUAAUGUUACCAUCGACACAGGACUGACGGUGGACGAGAUCGACCACGGUGUUAUCAUGGGGGAAGGCGAUGGGACGGUCAAUAUUCUAAGUAGUGGGUAUAUGUGCUCAAAGGGUUGGCACAUGAAGCGAUACAACCCAGCUGGGGCCAAGAUCACGGUGGUCGAAAUGCCUCACGAUCCAGACAGGUUUAACCCCCGUGGCGGACCCAACACGGCGGACCACGUGGAUAUCUUGGGACGACAAACCCUUAAUGAGAUGGUUUUGCGUGUUGCGGCGGGUAAGGGUCACCUGAUCAAGGAUCACAUAUUUAGCAACAUUCGAGAGUAUGCAGACAGAGUUCAGGUUUACGAAGAAAAAGAAGAGGAAGAAAAAGAAGAGGUAGAAAAGGAAGAGGUAGAAAAGGAAGAGGAAGAAAAGGAAGAAGAAGAAAAAGAAGCAGAAAAAGAAGAUGAGGAGGAGAAUGAUGGAGAAUGAUGCAGAAUGGACGAGGGAUGAAUGUCAUGAGUAGUUAUUAAUGAAUGAA